AUGGACCAUUCCGUGCAUUGUGGAUAUUUUUGGAUUCGGAUUGUGCUGUUUAUUUGCUUAUGGGAUAUAUCUUCCGGUCAGAUUGUCUAUUCUGUUUUAGAGGAGUUGAACAAGGGAACCUUUGUUGGGAAUAUAGCCAAGGAUCUCAAUCUCAACGUUCAGGAACUGGAGUUACGUAUGUUUCAGAUUGUAUCCGGAUCCAACAAGAAGUAUUUUGAUGUAAAUCCAAGAACUGGUGUUCUGUUCGUGAAUGAGAUAAUCGACCGUGAGGAGCUUUGUGAGACCAAUGUGAAGUGUUCUUUGAAUGUGCAGGCCAUUGCGCACAAUCCUUUAAAUGUUUUUCGUGUUGAAAUAGACAUUUUGGAUAAAAAUGACAAUGUACCUUGUUUCAUUGAAAAUUCUCUGACAUUAAAUAUUUCUGAAAACGCUGCUGCGGGAGAGCGAUUUCUUCUGCCAGUGGCUGAGGAUGCGGAUGGGGGCAGUAACUCUAUGAAAACCUACAAGCUAAGUCCAAAUGAAUAUUUUUAUUUGGAUGUACAGAGCGGUGGAGAGCAGAGUUUGUCUGCUGAGUUAGUGUUACAGAAGGCUUUAGACCGAGAGAAACAGGCUGUGAUGAAGCUCAUACUAACUGCUGUUGAUGGAGGAAACCCUCCCAGAUCUGGGACACUACAGAUCACAGUACAUGUAUUUGAUACUAAUGACAAUACUCCAAUUUUCAGCAAACCUCUUUACAAAGUCAAAGUUGAGGAGAAUGUUUUAAAUGGAACCAAAAUAAUAACUCUCACAGCAUCAGACUUGGAUGAGGGUAUCAACAGUGACAUUCUUUACUAUUUUGUUGGUAACAGGAAUGCAAAAGGAUCUAGUAUAUUUGCUAUUGACCCAUAUACUGGGGAUGUAUCAGUGAAAGGUAAUGUCGAUUAUGAAGAAAACGUUGGGAUUGAGUUACGAGUCCAGGCUGCAGACCAAGGCCAACCUCCAAAAACGACACAUUGUAAAGUGUUGGUGGAAGUAGUCGAUAUAAAUGACAAUGCUCCAGAGAUAGCAAUAACAUCACUCAUGAGCACAGUAAGAGAGGAUGCCAAGUCUGGCGCUGCUGUUGCUUUAGUAAUGCUCUCAGAUAAAGAUGGGGGUAAAAAUGGAAUUGUGAAUUGUCAGAUAAGUGAUACUGUUCCUUUCCAACUGCAGUUUUCUUAUAAAAAUCACUACUCUUUAGUUGUGGAUGGGCCUCUGGACAGAGAGAAAUGUUCUCAGUACAACAUCAGUAUUAUUGCUAUGGACGAGGGGACCCCACCUCUCUCCAGCACCAGUGUUGUUACUCUAUACAUUUCUGAUGUGAAUGACAACCCACCCCGUUUUCCAGAACAUCUUAUUAACAUGUAUUUAAAGGAGAAUAGUCCAGUGGGAGGUCUGAUAGUUAGUGUAAGUGCUUAUGAUCCAGAUGAAAUGGAAAACGCGCGUGUAUUAUAUUCUCUAUCGGAAAGUAAAAGUGAUAAUAUAUCGCCCUUGUCAAUUGUCAACAUUAACUCUAUAACUGGUGAAAUAAACAGCAUGCAGUCUUUUAACUAUGAAGAAGUAAAAAAGUUACAAUUUCAAGUUCAGGCCACAGAUUCUGGCGUUCCUCCACUAAGCAGCAACGUCACUGUCAACGUUUUUAUCCAGGAUGAGAAUGACAACAGUCCUGUGAUUCUCCCGCCAUAUUCUGAUCACGGCUCCGUUAAUUCUGAGAACAUUCCUUAUUCUGCUGAAGCGGGAUACUUUGUGGCCAAGAUCAGGGCUGUAGACGCCGACUCUGGUUACAAUGCGCUGCUUUCUUAUCACAUCUCUGAACCAAAGGGGACAAAUCUAUUCAGAAUAGGAAACAACAACGGAGAAAUACGGACUAAGAGACGCAUGAGUGACAAUGACUUAAAAACUCACCCGUUGGUCAUUCUGGUGUCUGAUAAUGGAGAACCUUCCCUGUCUGCGACUGUGUCUGUUGAUGUUGUGGCCGUUGAAAGUUCAGGUGACAUGCAGACAUCUUUCAGACAUCUGCCUGUAAAGGAGGAGAGUUUCUCUGAUUUAAAUCUGUAUCUGCUCGUCGCCAUUGUGUCAUUAUCAGUGAUAUUUCUACUGAGCCUCAUCAGUUUAAUAGUUGUAAAAUGCCACAGGACAGACGGCAGUUUCAGCAGGUGCAGCGCCCCAAUGAUCACUACACACCCUGACGGGAGCUGGUCUUACUCCAAAUCUACUCAGCAGUAUGACGUGUGUUUCAGCUCUGACACAAUGAAGAGUGACGUAGUAGUUUUCCCCACGCAGUUUCCACCUGUUGAUGGUGAGCUGAUCAGUAUUAAUGGAGGGGACACUUUCCAAAGGACACAAACGCUUCCGAGCACAGAGAAGGUAAUUACCUUUUCAUUAUAA